AUGGGAAGACUCCAUUCUGACCUAUUUGCUCAGGAACGAUAUCUUGUCAAUAAUGUGAACAUGAAAAUAACGUUAACCAGAAGUAAAGAUGUUUUCUGUUUGAUGGGAGAAGACAAAGAAUUCAAAGUUGUCAUCAAGGACAUCUAUCUAAACGUGAGAAAAGUUAGACUGAGUCCAUCGGUGAGACUGGCCCAUGCAAAAGCCCUGGAAAUAUCACCUGCCAAAUACCCAAUCAGAAGAAUCGCAAUGAAAGUAUUUUCUGUUCCAAGGGGAAAUCACAAUUUUGUAAAGGAUAAUCUGUUUCUAGGACAAAUGCCUAAGAGAUUGGUCAUCGGAUGUGUGGACAGUGAUGCCUAUAGUGGACUCAUCACCAAGAAUCAUUUUCAUUUUAAAGAUUUUGAUAUUAAUUUUGUUGUCCUGAACGUGGAUGGCAAACAAGUCCCCACCAAGCCUUUGCAGCCAAAUUUCACUCAGAAACAUUACGUAAGAAGCUACAUGGGCCUGUUUAACACUACCGGCAAAACGUUUCGUGACGAGGGUAAUAACAUCUCAAAGGAUGAAUAUGGCACUGGUUUUACCCUGGUUGGAUUUGAUCUGACACCUGACAUCUGA